AUGCGCAAGAGAGACAUUCAUGGGUCGACACCGCCCUUCUUGCUCUCCCCUUGGGUCCCCUUGGGGACUGAGCGCCGCUUGGCCCUGACAAACUCCCUACGGCGUACGGAUACAAAGCACAACCUUGGCUGCAUGGUCAGUACAUACUGCGUACGUGUGCCAUCAUUUCUCCAACACGCCGACAUGCUUUCGCAGCUCCAGAACUCUGUCGCGCCAGAUGCCCUCGACCACAAGCCACGGGCGCUCUGA